AACUGUGCGUUUUCAUCUCCGGCCAUUUGCGUCCACGAUUCUUUUUUUUGAGAGGAAUCGGUCAUUAAACACAUCCCCGCCAAAAUCCUCCAAAUCAAUAUCGAGUAAUUCGACUAUCCUUUUACAAAUUUAUCGUUUCUCGAAGGAUUUCGGAACCCUAACCUACAUCACCAUUCCUCUCUCUCUCUCUCUCUCUCUCUCCGCCCUUCAACCGGCCUAGAUUAGGUUUGCAUGAGAAAUUGACAUCACUAUAUAGAUCAGGCACUGCAUAGAAGAUCUACAACCGGCGUAGAUAAGAUCCGAACGCAGACGCCUCUAUCGAUAUGGUGAGGGCAAAACCAAGAUCGUGCUCUCCUACUUGUUACAGCUGAGCUAUAUACUGUUGUGAUGUCAGAAGCUCUAAGGAUUUCAGUGGCUCAUGCUGAAGAGAAGGAAGUAGGACCUAAUUACUUUGGUUACUAUAUACGUGAAAUACUGGAGCUAUCCUCUCAAAAAGAAGAUGAUCUUUUGCCUCUUUCUUUUGAAGCUUCUAUGUUAGCUUCAAAGACAUAUACAAAGGAGAAUGCUGGGGACAUAAUUGACCCAAAUUGUAAUGGUAGAGAUGCUAACAGCCUUAUUGGUUCAAAUUCUUUGUUUAGUAAUAGCAUUGGAUAUGGACUUCCAGACAUCAAGAGAGAAAGACUGAAAGCAUCACUUAAGCAAGCUGUGCUUGCCCUGAGUCAGGAAGUUGAUGAGAUGCUUGGUCCUGUCUUCCGUAUGUGCCGGAUACAAGCACAUCUAAAGGGCAAAGAGCACUUACAGAAUUGUUCAAGCACAUUUGAUAGGGGUGUGGUCCAACCUCCUAGUAAGAAGCAGAAAUUAUCCUCUACCCCCCAUAUGAGUGGUAUCAUGACAUAUUGUGGAACUGAUGGCUGUGGAUCCUAUCAAGAGGGAUCAGAGUCUGGAGACAUGAGCAAUGCCUACAGUGAUGCAGUUUUAUCUAGCCAGCUUAGUGAUACCAAAAAGAGAUGUGCUGAAUGCCAUACUACAAAAGCCCCUCAAUGGAAGGGUGGUCAUGCUGGGCCUAAGCCUCUAUGUAAUGCUUGCUGGAUGAGAUACAAAAAGAAAAAGAUGUCUUUUUCGGAUUUGAACAGAGAAGAAAAGGAAAGUGAAGAGGUGAAGGAUGACUUACUAGUUCUCCUAGAUAAUUGCGGACCAAGGGCUGUGGAAACUGUAAAGAGAUAUUCCAAUGAAUUAUCUGCAAAGCUAGGGCACAUGGAGCAGCAGCUUGAAGAACUUCUUGACAUAGUAAUGUCAAAAUGCAGACCAAUGUCUCUCACUGAGAAGCAAGAACUUAGAAAUUUGAUCCAGAAGAUGCCACCAAAAAACCUUGAUCGCAUUGUGGAAAUUGUCCAACGCAAUAAGCAGGAAGAAAGUCAUUCUUGCAAAGAGAUAAGUAUUGAAUUGGAAAAGGAGGACAAUGCGACACUUUGGAGAUUGUACUACUAUGUUGAAGCAGUUGCAAAUGCUGAAAAGCUAUCACCAUAAGUUCACUCUGGAUUCCCCAUUUCUUUUCUGAUUUUCUUUCUAGGCUUCUCUAUCUUGAUACUGGAAUCUCAGUAAAACCUUCUUGAAUAUGGCAUGAGGUGUUGUAUCAACAAGAGCCUUCUUAAGUGGAAGGUAGAGAAGUUCUGGGACAUCUUAAAGCUACGCAUGUCGAACAAGUUCCCCUUUGUAUUGAUAUGGGGCAAGAACCGCACGAUGCAUCAUUUUGGUAUUUACCGAAAACAAGGCCAUCUGUUUGGCUAUUAGUAGUACUAAGUGCUGUGGACAUCUAGCCACUGAAAUAUUGCAUAAUCUGUAAAUAUUUUGAUUUUCUGGUUUAACUUUUGGCUUAGUGACAUAGAUGUAUGAACAUGAACUUGAGGUUUAUCUCCUGAACAUCUGCGGAUUGCAAGCUACUUUGCUGACACAUUUGCUGUAUCACCCAAUUCACCAAUUCUGGUGUUACAGUUGCAACCUGCUUUACUUGGGUCCUUUCUUGUUUGACCUCUUGCCACCAACGUCAGAUUUAACAUGCAGGCUCUACGAUAUACAUUGAGCUGCAUAUACAUGUAUGCAAAAUUGUUUGAUUAGCUUGCAUUACACCAACAGAAAUGUCUGUUCUGUAAAAAAAAAAAAAA